ACACACAAUUUUUAUAUAAACCGACGAAAAAUGCAAUUAAUUAGAAAUUGUGCCCGCAACUUACUCAAACAGAGACUGCUAUGCGAACUGAGAGUGUCCAGCAUCUACUAUUCCACAUCCGAUGACGCAAGAGCGAAGCUUUCACUGGCCAAAGGAUAUAGACCCAAACAGGUGGAGGAGGCGUAUUGGCUGCGUGAAAAGGAGAAGGCCAAUCUGCCCAAGCCUGGAGAACAUUGCAGGCGUGGCAGUUACCGCAUGCUUCUGCCGCCUCCGAAUGUGACGGGAAACCUGCAUCUGGGGCAUGCCCUAAUGGCCACUGUGCAGGAUGUGAUUGCGCGGCAACGUCGCCAGCUGGGCUACGAUGUGGAAUGGAUACCGGGCACCGAUCAUGCCGGUAUCGCCACCCAGGUGGUUGUGGAGCGGACUAUAGCAGCCUCUACGGGUCAGACACGGCAAGAGCUGGGGCGCACGGCAUUCCUGGAGCACAUCUGGAAGUGGAAGGCCGCCAAGGGUCUGGGCAUUGUGGAGGAUCUGCGUCAGUUGGGCUGCACCCUAAGUUGGGAGCAAGAGUAUUUUACCAUGGACGAUCAGCAGGCCGUGGCCGUGAAUGUGGCCUUUGAGCGUCUCUUCGAUGAGGGCCUUAUACAACGACGCAACUCACUGGUCAACUGGUCUGUCACCCUAAGGUCGGCCAUCUCGGACAUUGAGGUCGAUCUGGUGGAGAUUAAGGAGCCAACGGAGUUUCCCAUUCCCGGCUAUGAGCAUCCUGUUCUCUUUGGUCGCAUGUUUGAUUUUGCCUAUCGUGUGGUCGAUGGCGAAACCCAACCGGAUGGCAAUGAAGAGGAAAUUGUCGUGUCCACCACCAGGCCAGAGACUAUUCUCGGUGAUGUUGCCGUCGCUGUGCAUCCUCUGGAUCCGCGAUACAGCAAAUACCGCAAUCGGGAUGAGGUCAGGUUGAAGCAUCCCUUCCGCGAUGACACCAUUCCCCUCAUUUUCGACAUGGGCGUGGACAAGGAUUUUGGAACGGGCGCCGUGAAAAUAACCCCAGCUCAUGACAAAUUCGAUUUCGAGCUGGCUGGCCGCCACAAUCUGGAACUUCGACCGGUUUUCACCGAUGACGGGCUUAUUGUGGACACCUAUCCGGAGUUCAAGGACAAGCCACGUUUCGAUGCUCGAAACAUGAUUGUCGAUCGCCUGGACGAGUUGGAUCUGCUGCGUGAGGUGCGAGCCCACACCAUGCAAUUGCCCAUCUGCUCGCGGUCCCGAGAUGUCAUCGAGUACAUGAUAGUGCCCCAGUGGUUCCUCAAAACCAAGACAAUGGCCGAAGCAGCGCUUUCCGAACUUUACAGUGGCCGACUGCAGAUAAUGCCGCCCAACUUCGAGCUCGAGUGGGAUCGAUGGCUGCAGGAUUCUCGCGACUGGUGCAUCUCCCGUCAGCUGUGGUGGGGCCAUCAGGUGCCCGCCUAUCAAGCCACCGACAGCAAAGGGGAAACCCAUUGGGUGGCUGCUCUCAAUUCCAAACUGGCCCACGAAAAAGCAACUGAACUCUUGGGCACCUCGAACUUUACCCUUACCCAAGACACUGAUGUGCUGGACACUUGGUUCUCGUCAUCCCUGCUGCCCUUCUCGGUGGCCGGUUGGCCCGAUGAGAGGUACAAGGAUAAGUAUCCGUUGGACAUAAUGCAGACGGGCCAUGACAUUCUCUUCUUCUGGGUGGCCCGCAUGAUGAUGAUGGGCCUGAAGUUGACAGGCAAGGCACCCUUCAAUCAUGUGCUCCUCAACGGCAUCGUCUGUGAUGCCCAGGGACGGAAAAUGUCGAAGAGCCUGGGCAAUAUAGUCGCCCCUCAGCAGGUGGUCCAAGGUGCUAGUCUAAACAGCCUGAAGGCUUUGUUGCAGGAAUCCUGCGAUGCCGGUGUGAUUAAGCCCCAGGAAUUGAAGACUUCCACUGCUGGGAUGGUCAAGAUGUUUCCAAAGGGCAUACAGGAAUGUGGCACAGAUGCGCUCCGUUUCACUCUGCUGAGCCACAACAUUAAGAACCAUUUCAUCAACUUUGAUGUGGACGCUUGUCACACGAACAAACUGUUCCUAAACAAAAUCUGGCAAGCCAUGCGUUUCACCCUGGGCUCAGCGGAGAGUCUUGGUGUCAGGCUGCAAGAUUUCGAGACCAUGCAAGGAGUACAGCUUAGUAUGUGGGAUCAGUGGAUUGUCGGCCGGUUGGCUGAGACCCUUUCCAUCUGCUCGGAGUGUUAUAACAACUAUAAUUUCCAUAUGGCCACAGCGGCCUUAAAGCAUUUCUUUUAUCAAAAUCUCUGUGAUGUUUAUAUAGAAACGACCAAAUCGAACAUAGCCAAUCGCACAGCUGCCGGCUAUGUCCAUGUGGGAACUCUAACUGCCUGCCUAAGCUGGGGUAUUCAGGCCAUGUCACCGUUUACCCCGUUUGUGGCCUCUGAAUUGCUACAGCAUUUACCGCUGAACAUUGAGCUCAAGUUAUCCCAAUAUCGCGAUCCCAAACUAGAGGCCGAAGUCUCUGAGAUUGUCCAAAUAUGCCAGAACGUGCGUCAAUUGAAGAGUCGGAAUCAAAUCAGCAAACGGCAUGCACCGCAACUCUGUUUGUUUGCCCAGAAUCCCGAAUCCGAGGAUAUACUCCGUCGUCAUUUGCCGCAAAUUCAGGUGCUAACCCGUUGCGUUGGUGUCGAACUGGAACUGCUUAAUGAGACAUCGGAGUUCGCCAAGAAACUGAAUCUAUUCUCAACGGCCGGAGCCCUGUGCUCGUUUGGCCUUAGCCUGAACGAAGAUUUCCAAAUCACGGAAGAGAAACGUCAAGAAAUGCAGGACGCCAAUGCCAGGAAACUGCAGAAAUUGGUCAACGAACUGCAAAAGUAUCGCAUGCGUAUGGACAAUGAUGCUUUCCAGUUAAUCGUCGACAAUGCAACGAGAACACAUUUCGAAAAUCGGAUCAAGGAGCUGGAAGCCGAGAUCUUAAGUCUUAGGCCGUUGGCCCAGUGAGUAAGUUUGUGGGGCAGGAGGACCAAAUUGUACAAAAGAAAACUAAUAUUGUGAAAUUUAUGUAUCCUUGUUACUGUUAAAUAGUCCGCUAAGUCUUUAGAUAGAUGAGGUUUUUUUUAAAUUUAAAAUAUAUGUACAUAUAUAGAAAGUCUAUAAA